AUGAAUAGUUUUGCUAUGAAAUAAUUUGUGUAAUUUAUUCUUCACACCGGUGUGUAACGGUCUGAAGAGUCUACAGCUGUACUUGAAGCUAAAUGCUAACGUCAGAAUGCUAUCAUGCUCAUGUUUAGCAGGUGUAUUGUUCAGUGUGUUUGCUAAUCAGCACUUAACUUAAAGUGCAACUGAUACAUAAGGCUGGGCACUAAAACGAUCUCGAAACUGGAUCGCAAUAAAAUGUAUGUCGAUGGCGAUGAUAAACUAUCAUCAUUUUUACUCAGUAUUGUCAGACCACCAGUGUUUUCCAUCACCUGAAAAGGUGGCAUCCCAGCGACUACACUGAGCAUGAAAAUCCAGGCCAAAACUGCAGUAAGUCCUACAACAAGUGUUGCUCAAUGGCCGAGCACUUCUGCUGCUGUGGAAAACAGCAAUCAAUUAUGUCCGUUUUUGCCGCCAUAACACUGUAUGAGAAGCGAUCGGAAAGGUACAGCGAUAUAACAGAUGCACUGUCAUACAGUAUUUUUUCCCAUAUCACCCAGCCCUCACUGAGGCUGGUGGGAAAGUGGUCCCAUCCAAUAGUUGAGAUAUUUCACUGUAAACUAUGACACUUCACCUCAUGGUGGCACUACAGCAAAAGUCAAAGGAUCCCCAAAGUCUUCAGAAAUCUUUGAAGAAAUGAGAAUACCUGCACCAAAAUUCAUGCCAAUCCAUCCAAUAGCUUUUGAGAUAUUUCAGUCUGGACCACAGAGAUGGACCGAAUGACGUUUCCAUCUGAAGAGUUUAAAAACACAAAGUGCCUUUUGUUUAGAUAUGACAAGAUAAUAGGAGAGGCUCAUGAACACACACACAAGAUUAGAGCGUUACGGUUGACUAAAGUAGGUGUGUAUGUAAGCAGACACUUCCAUAGCAACCGUGGAUAUAUAAGCAGUCACAGCGUGUGUGUGUGUGUGUGUGUGUGUGUGUGUGUGUGUGAUGAAAUCUCUAGUUCCAGUUGUGUAACAUCAGUAAUGGCUAGAGGGAUACAGGUAACACACCUGGGUUGUGGUGUCAGUGUUAGGAGAAAUCUUGGUGUGGGUAGUGAAUGAGUCAAUGUCUCCAUAAACUGUUGAAUGUGCCUUUGAGCAAGGCACCGAUGAAAUAAAAGCAAAAGUAACAGCCAAAAUCAAAUGGUCAUUUUAAGAGCUAAAGAAAAGAUGAAUAUGCAGACUACUGACGGGAAAGAUGAGAAACCUGUGGGUUUAUGGCUGUGAGAUGUUUAUAUUUUGCUUUUCAUUAAUGGGGCUGGGGUUAAAAUGUCACCUAUAUUCAGCGGAAAAAGAAGAAAAGGUAUUCAGAGCCUUAACUAAAGUAAAAGUGGUUGUACCACACUAUGAAAAGGGUUCAUUACAACUAACAGUCCUGCAUUCAUAAUCUUACUUUAGUAAACAUACUGUAAAUAUUAUCAGCAAAAUGUACUUCAAGUAUCAAAAGUAAAAGUACCAACGAAGAAUUAGACAGUUUGCUACACUACAAAUAGAAAAAGUUUAAUUUAGAAAAGUACUUGAAACAAAUUCAUUAAAAGUCGGUUGGAAUAAUCGAUCAGUACUGCCAGACUUUGUCACUGUUUUGUGUGAUUUUAGGGUGCUUUCACACCUGCCCUGUCUGGUUCAAUCGAACUCAAGUUCCUUUCCCCCAAAGUGCAGUUCGUCCGUGAACACAGCAAUCGCACUCGGGUGUGCACCAAAACAACCAGACCGAGACCUUCUUGAAGAGGUGGUCUCUGACCGGUUACAAAUAAUGGAGUUGGAGCCGCGCCUCGUUUUCAAACUGUAUGGUUUGACUAAAAUGAACAAUGACAGCAAUAUAGUCCACGAUGAGCAGCGCUAAAAUCAACCUGCGUAGUUGUCCCUCCAUUGUGACAUUAGAAAGUGUCACAUUUAUCUUGCAAGUGUACUCUUCUUCAACGUUUGCUUUACUUCCUGGAUUUUUCCCACAUGGAAAUUCGGACCAAUCAAGAGCAGCUUUCUCGCUCAAGGCAUUUGAUCUGGUCUGCUUGUAAAUGUUGCCGUGAGAACACGAACCAACUCUAGGCAAUUAUACAACUUUGGAACAAAAUUAGUCCCUGAUUCGGACCCAAGCAAGACAACUCUUGGACUAAAAGCAGCCUUAGACAGCGUGCCGGCAUCCUGGAAGCAAAAGAGGCAUGAAGCGCAAGACAUGUCAGCCUCUAGUGUGACAUAUAACGUAUGCAUCAACAGCGCUUUAUAAACAAUAACAAUGGAAUAACAAUCACCUUACAUUUCUCUUAUAUGGUGGCUGAUCUUGUCCUCUACUCAGAGGGUUCAAGGACCUCAUUGUCUCCCCAAUUUGCAGAACCUUUCGGCCACUGCUCUCCUGCUUUGAGUUAGCUGCUAACUGCUUCUUGCUGUUUUUUAAGUCUCACGACAGAGGGUAGCACACAUGACAAGUCAUCAAAACGCCUCGCCCAUCCUGUCCGUGGUCCCGUCCUGCAGGCUGUCCCUUUUACACUGACAUCGAACAUGUGCUGUUAUUACCUCGGCUGCCAGCUUAAACAUGAGAAAGCUCCUCCUAUUCCAUGACUGUAUCUUUAAUAAAAACCGGCGAGGGGGAUAACGGCAUUACAUUCCCGCCUUGAACAGGCAGUGUGAAAGGGGUUUCAGAUUUUAAUUACGCAAACAAAUUUUGUGCAUCAUAGUUUACAAACUGUCAUGUUAACUGUUAAAUUUUAGUUUGCAAAUUAAUUUCAACUGUGAAAAAUGUUUUUAUGUAAAAGGUAUAAUUUCUCUCUGACUUGUAGUGUAGAAGCAUGAAGUAGCAGAAAAAUGACAUUCAUGCAUGUGCAAGCACCUUGAUAUGACACUCAAGCAGGAUAUCAUAAAAUAUCCGAUGUUUGCAAGAUAACUCAAGUCUAGACUGGUUCCUAGAUAAACUGAAACACCACACUGUGGUGAUGAUUUCUCUUUGCGUCACACUUCUACUGGUAAUCACCCUUCAGAGAUCAAAAGAAGAUUUAAUGCUUCACUGAUCUCUGCGGAAAUAAAAUUACACAAUCUGUUAUGAAGUUUAGUAAGACGGCAAAACGGAUUAGGAAAACCUGGCAGGGAAACUCCAAGUGGAAGAAGUGACAUCUCUUUGUCUGUUUCAAUAAUAACUGAUGUCAGUGGAAGAAAAGCAUUUAAAGCACAGACUUGUCUGACUCGUCACCGUCUUCCAUUCAACCUCAGACAGCAAAGAACACAACUGACUAACUCUUUGUUCACUGACAUGAGCUAUAUCUAAACAAAUAAGAUGACCAGCUGUCAGCAACACAGUAUAUUAUGCUUUUUAGCUAAAAGUAGUUUCACCGGAUUGCUUUGCAAAGCAAGAAAAAGAUGUGGUAGCUAAAAAAAAAAUAUCAAACAACUGCCAGGAGUUUGCAUAAGUUUGCUAAACCCUUUCCCUGAGUAGGAACAGUGCAAUUUUAGCAGUCAUGCUAUUGUUGUUUUGGAAAAGCAAUGGGUCACGUAUUAGCAAGCUAACGAUAGCUUUGUCAGUUGGUUAGCUUACUGGUUCAGUAAGCUUACAUUAGCUUUGUCAGUUAGUUUAGUUAGCUAAUGUUAGCUUUGUCACUUGGUUCAGUUAGCCACACAACAUUUAGUCUUAUGCUGGGAGAUGUUUUGAGGUUUGUUGUAUUAUUAUUGUUUAGUGUCAUUCAAAAUCUUCCCAGUUUAAAUUAUCGGUAAUAGCAUUCCGUCAUUUUUAUUGUGUUAGUCUUAAGGAGUUAAAUAUUAGCAAGCUCACGUUAGCUUUGUCAGUUAGUUCAGUUAGCAAUGUUAGCUUUGUCCGUUGGUUCAGUUAGCUAACGUUAGCUUUGUCAGUUGGUUCAGUUAGCUAACGUUAGCCUUGUCCGUUGGUUCAGUUAGUUAACGUUAGCUUUGUCCGUUGGUUCAGUUAGUUAACGUUAGCUUUGUCCGUUGGUUCAGUUAGCUAAUGUUAGCUCUGUCAGUUGGUUCAGUUAGCUACACAACAUUUAGGCCUAUGCUGCAUUCAUGUGCUCCUAUGGUCCUAUUUUACAAGUCUGUAAGUCGUUCCUCUGUCUUUGGUGUACUCAUGAGCUUAAAGCUUGUAACUCAUUUCCUAAAACCACUAAAAUAUUACUUAACCUGACUUAUUAUCGAAGUUAAUGCUAAAAAUUACCUUUCCAAAUUAAUCUCGGUCACUUUAUGUGGAUAGCAACUACAACCAACGCGAUGUUAGAGUUGUGUACCAAAAUUUUCACCGCUUUCCAAAUUGCUGUUGUUGUUGAGACUUCAGGGGGCAAUCGUGUGAAUUUAAUAAUAGAUAACAACAGCAACUGUCCAAUCAUAGCUAAGUAACAAUUAGGCACAGCAGGCCUGUAAACCUUUGGCUUUCUCUCAAAUGUUGAAGCUAUAGUUUGCACUUUUGGCUAACUACCUUAUGACCAGAAGUAACUGGCGUCUUGUUUUAAAACAUGAAAUAGUCGGUUGAAGCAAAUAAAGCAAAUGCACGUUAGCUUAAUUAGCUAGCUAGCUACAUCUGAUACAAUCUGCUACAGUUGUGAUUUUGGCUGAGGAACUGUUUGUCUACCUCUGUGUGAAAUAAAGGAACCAUUGUUUUAAAAAUGACUCAUAUUUAGUGGUAAAUCUAACUGUUCUCAUUAAGCUGCAAAUCAAGUGAAGUGAACACAGUGUGAAACAUCUGUAAAUCUGGGUGUAGCUGAGGUUAGUGGACGUGUCUCCGUAAAUCUUCCCUGAAUUAAUUAGGUUUUUAAAAGCAGCGAGGAUUAACUGGUUUCUACUCUGUUGCAACUCAGAACCACAAACCCUGUCAGAUCUGCUCAGACGAACUUUACCGUCUAGACGUUAUCAUUUCCCUUCACCUCUCCUCCCUCCUCAUAUUCCCUCCCUUUUUUAUUCUAUCACUUUCAUCAUCUCAGUCUUCUUCAGUCAGUCUGCAGUCUGUCCUCCUCCAACUCUUCUUCAUAUUAUACCUGCUAUAAUCCUUCUCUAGUUUUAAUAUCUUUGCCCUCUUUGUUCUGUUAUUUCUGUUCGCCAACAUGAUGUCCUGCAGGUCCACAGCUCUGCCCUUCCUUUUCCUCCUCUUCCUCAGAGUUCAGAAUAUUGACUUAACUCAAGAGUUUGAGCCUCCAGAGGUCAAUGGUUCUGCUGUGGACAUCUGCAGAAUUUUCUUUGUCACCACGCCUGCACCCUUCACCACCACAACCACAACCACACCCACACCUACAACUACAACCACCACAACCACAACUACAACCACCAAAAAAACAACCACGACCACGCCUGCAACUACAACCACCAAAAAAACAACCACAACCACGCCUGCAACUACAACCACCAAAAAAACAACCACGACCACGCCUGCAACUACAACCACCACAACUACAACCACCACAAAACCAACCACGACCACAUCCACCACCAAGAAGCAGGUUGUGACCACAACCAAAAAGCCAGCUGUCCCAUCAUCACCAAGGAAACCAGAAUCCAAAAACACGAGAACACCCAUCAGGCCAAAGCCAGCUCCAGCACGACCAGUCACUGUCAGCCGCUCCAAUGCUGCUGCCAGCCUCCUCCACUACCUCCUGAACAUUAACAGAGCACACGCAGCUCAUUUGCCCCCGCGGUAUAUAUAUAACAAUAUAUUCUCCAAGCCAAUGGGAUGGCUGCCUCAAAGAGGUUAUGCUAUGACAUCGGAUAGCGACGAGUCAGCUGCAACGCCUCUGAAAAGACCAAGGUGGACGGACAAGAACAGAUGGAGAAUAGGUUCGUCUUCUUCAGAGGACUCCAGUGACGAGUCUUAA